GGAACCAGCUAAAGAAUUUCUUUCGCAACUUCCGGAAGAAAAUUUAUUUUUAGAAAAACACAUGUUCUCGCUGACGUUCUAAGCAGAAAAAAACCCAAAAAUAUCACAAGAUCAAAGAAUUUAUAAUCCUAUAAAGUGUGAACAUGCCUUCAGAUGCAAAGAAAAAGCGAGAACAGAAGAAAAAAGAGGCAGCCAAGCGUGGUAAGAAGCAGCAACCUACUGAAGGGACAGCCAAUGGCGUUGAUGAAGAUGCACCGCUUCCAAAUGGCACAGAAGUUAAUGGCAGUAGUAAUGGAGCUAGUAAUGGUAUAAACGGUGUCACAGAACAGCUGGACGAACUGCAGCUAGCAGCUAAAUAUAGGUCCGUGGCAGGUGUGCUCGCGUCACAUGUAGACAGUCGUGACCUUCAUCUUGAUAGUAUAACUAUACGUUUCCAUGGUGCUGAACUUUUGGUUGAUAGUCGACUAGAGUUAAAUUGUGGGCGAAGAUACGGUUUGAUAGGUCUCAAUGGAUGUGGUAAGUCUACCUUGUUAGCAGCACUGUCACAGAAGGAACUUCCUAUACCAGAUCAUAUAGACACAUUUUUGUUACGUCGGGAGAUGCCACCAAGUGACAAAACAGCCAUGGACUGUGUAAUGGAAGUUGAUGAAGUGAGACUGAAACUGGAGAAAGAAGCUGAGAUACUUGCCACAAAAGAUGAUAAUGAAUCUCAUGAACGCUUGAUGGAUGUUUACGAGCAUUUAGAUGAAAUAGAUGCUGACAAGGCAGAACAGAAAGCUGCCUAUAUUCUCACUGGUCUUGGCUUUACAACAAAGAUGCAGCAUACAGCUGUAAAACAUUUCUCCGGAGGUUGGCGUAUGAGAAUUGCACUUGCUAGAGCCCUGUUUAUAAAGCCGGCACUACUGUUGCUAGAUGAACCAACAAAUCACCUUGAUCUUAAUGCCUGUGUAUGGUUAGAGGAAGAACUAAAGAAGUACAAGAGAAUAUUGGUGGUUAUAUCUCACUCCCAGGAUUUUCUCAAUGGUGUUUGUACAAACAUCAUUCACAUGAACAAGCAGAAAAUAAAGAUAUAUGGAGGUAAUUUUGACAGUUAUAUACAAACAAGGUUUGAGCUGGAGGAGAAUCAGAUGAAACAGUACAGGUGGGAACAAGAUCAGAUAGCCAAUAUGAAGAACUAUAUAGCCAGGUUUGGUCACGGAAGUGCUAAGUUGGCCCGUCAAGCUCAGAGUAAAGAGAAGACACUGAAGAAGAUGGUUGAAGGAGGUCUUGCUGAGAAAGUCACCGGGGACAAGGUCUUAACAUUCUAUUUCCCAAGCUGUGGAAAGAUCCCACCACCUGUGAUAAUGGUACAACAUGUCAGCUUUAGGUAUAACGAAGAGACGCCUUAUAUAUAUAAGAACUUGGAUUUUGGAGUAGAUUUAGAUACCAGAGUAGCACUUGUGGGUCCAAAUGGAGCAGGGAAAUCUACACUUCUCAAGUUGAUAGUUGGUGAUUUGAUUCCAACAGAUGGCCUGAUUAGAAGGCAUUCACAUUUGAAGAUCGGCAGAUAUCACCAGCAUUUACAUGAAAUACUGGAUAUGGACAUGAACGCCCUAGAGUGGAUGAUGCAAAAGUUCCCGGAUAUCAAGGAAAGGGAAGAAAUGAGAAAAAUCAUUGGUAGAUACGGGUUGUCUGGUCAGCAACAGAUUGUACCUCUACGUAAUUUAUCUGAUGGUCAGAGAUGCCGUGUGAUAUUUGCAUGGUUGUCAUGGCAAUCACCACAUCUGUUACUACUUGACGAACCCACCAAUCAUCUCGAUAUAGAGACCAUAGAUGCUUUAGCUGAAGCAAUCAAUGACUUCGAAGGUGGAAUGAUCCUCGUUAGUCACGACUUCAGACUUAUAUCACAGGUUACUGAGGAGAUUUGGAUUUGUGCAAACGAAACAAUCACCAAAUAUGAGGGAGACAUUUUCAAAUACAAGGAAAAGCUUGUGAAAAUUGUACAGAAAGAGAACGAAAGACUUCUACAGCAAAAGAAAUGAUGAUAGUUCUCAGUUAGGCCUUAAUUGACUUUAUUUAUUGACAAGAAACAUUUAUGCUCCACAUGAUACUGUAAGUUGGGUAAAAUUUACAAUUAAUUUAUUUCUGCUAAUAUUUACAAACAGAGCGACAAACAAAUUCAAAACGCUUGUGAAAAUUAAGCAAUAGAAUGAACAGGUACAUGACAUAAAUUUUUAUAAACAAGAUUAUGGCUACUGCCUUACAGGUCGAGAAGUAAAUGAUGUAAAAGUUACCCAGCAUGCAAUAAUCAACAUAAAAAUGAACAAAUGCAGGCAUUUAAGAAAAAAGGGAAGGAACUGUGAAGAAAAUCAGAUUGAUCAAACUAUGGAACUUUUGCAAUUUGAUAACAAAUUGUAGAAUAUCAGUAAGAAAAAUAGUAAGAAAUAUUUUAAGGUUGACACACAUAUUUAGUACUUUAACCUGCUUUCAUUUGUUACUAUGAUACAGGGGUGUGAGAGUAUUUUUUACAAUUCGCCUUGUAGCCUGUAAAAUAAACUCGUCCUUGGUGAACCAUCACUUUUCCCAAUAAAUUUUUUUUCAUCAUUCCACUAGUCUCUUCCCUAGAUAAACUACAGAUAUUGCUUUUAUUCUCAAAUCUGACACAGUAAGAUUAAUAAAGUGGUGAAUAUAAUUACAGAAAAUGCAUAUAAAAUAUCUUUGUGACUGAGUAGCUUACAUGCAUUUAUUGUAAAGGUUGCGAAAGCGAAUCACAGUCUUGUCUUAACCUAGAAACUUGCGGGCGCCUGUAAACCAUGAUCGUUGUGCAGUUGAAUUUUCAAGUGUUUAUCCACUUGCAUAUUGAUGCCUUUCUUUUUGCAAGGAAAUUCAGAACUAAUUAGAUGAAAUUUGGAAACAUUUCAUAGAAAAAAAGCACCUGCCCAGCCAGUCGAGUAUACAGGUAAUAUCACUCAUCUGAGUUGAACUUUAAAUCACCACUGUGAGUGGAAUUUCACACCCCUGUUAUGGUUAAAAAUGAUUAAUCUGUGAAAUUUACCUAAUAUAUAUAACAUUAUUGCUAAUGCAAAGCUUUCAAGUAGACUCUGUCUGUUUUAAGUCAGUUCUUUUAUUCUCUGUUUGAUCUGGAGACUAAUUUUUGUAAAAAGUGUUUCUGUUUUACUCACAUUUCUUCAGAAAAGUACGAGAGUUUAUGACGGAUGAAAUAAUUUAGUAAUUUGUAACAGGGAGAGUCUUCGGUCUCCUAUACAAGUCUUAAGGGAAAAGGAAAAGAUCGUCUCACAUAGAAUUCUUUAACUAUUCAAAGUGGUCUAGCACAGACCUUAGAGUGGGGGAAAAGAAAAUUUUCAUUACCAUUUCUUGCUUAUACCUAGUCCUUGAUAUUGAGAAACUUUAAGAUGAUAACAAGCAGUUCCAUGCUGUUUCAAGACUUUUUGGCCCUUACUGUUACUCCUAUGUGCUCAUGACUUAGUACCAACAUGGAAAUGCAGAAAUUGCUUCCAAAUAUAGUCAAAUGAAAAUUGAUGUAUGUUGUUGCUGGUCUUCUCAAUGAGCAUUACGUUUUAGCAUGUGUUCAAAUUUUCUUGAAAAGAGCAUAUAAACAAUUUUUUUCUUUGGGAUUUAUUUGUUUCACGUGGCUGUGUACUGCCUUUUCAUAUUUUACAGAAGUUUAUUACGUUUUAAGAUUUUAAAAAAAAUUACGUAUUUUCAAGAAAGUUUGAGAAAAGUACUUGAUGCUUUAUUUUCAAAAUGUGUUAUUUAUUUAAUGCAUGUCUUUCAAUUGUUGUUUUUAACUACAGUGUACAUUCAAGUAAAUAGUAUCGUCAGCUA